CAGUAUCAGGUGUCCUGUGACGAUCGAUGAUCUUCUGAAGAAUUGUUCGCUGGUGGUGAAGCGUCCCUCUUCCGUGACAAUCGCGUCAACGCAUCCUCAUCGCACAACAAUCUGCCCGCCCGCACAUUGACAUGACUGCGACAUUUAUCAACCAGACACCGUCAUUCCAUUAGCCCUACAGCGGACGCCAUCUGCCGUCCAUCUACUCCAUCCCGAAUCCUGCCCUUCCUGCCACGAGGAGGGCCCCCCGGCUUCAAACUUGUACCAGGACCAUUGCAUCUGGUGCAGGUUUAUCGGCGCUCCAUCUCGGACGAGAUAUCCCGCAGUCGUUUCCCCGCGUAGCUCGGCAACGUGUCGAGAGAGACAGGUUCGGCGUUGGCCGACGGCCUCGACAGGCUGGAUCUGAGUCAACUGUCUGAAUCGACGCCCUCGUCAUCCGCGUCCGACUCAUUCGAUAUGUCGUCGUCGGAGGGGGCACCGGAGUCAUGGAUCUCCUCGUUCUGCUCUUUGAUGGGCCAUGAGUUCUUUGCGGAAGUGUCGGAGGACUUUAUCGAGGACGACUUCAACCUCACGGGUCUGCAGUCGCAGGUUCCUAUGUACAAGGAAGCGCUUGAAAUGAUCCUGGACGUGGAGCCUGAAGAGGAUGAGGAUGAUGAAGAGGAGGAAGAGGAGGAAGAGGAUGAAGAUGAGAUCCUGGGAGAUGAGAAACCGCCGGGAUAUCGGAGGCCAGGGGAGCGGAGGCAUACGCGAGUCGCAAGUGAUCUGAGUGUUAUUGAGAGCUCCGCUGAAUUGCUGUACGGCCUGAUUCAUCAGAGAUAUAUCACUUCGCGACCGGGCAUCCAACAGAUGCUUGAGAAGUACGAGAUGCAACAUUUCGGAGUCUGUCCUCGAGUCUACUGCAACGGAUGCAAGGUUCUGCCCGUGGGGCGCUCCGACACGCCCGGCCAGGAGACGGUGAAGCUGUUCUGCCCUAGUUGCCAGGAUCUGUACACCCCGCCCAACAGUCGGUUCCACUCGGUCGACGGAGCCUUUUUCGGCACUACCUUCGGAUGCCUGUUCUUCAUGACCUUUCCAGAUCUUGACAUCGGACCCCGCCUGGACAGCUCCUUCUCCGCCUUGUCGCCAACCCGCUCUUCCUCUUUGACCUCAUCUUCGAUCAACAACCAGGUGGCGCCGGAUGUGCCCCCUCCCAACCAGCCCACCGAGAUCAACGGCGUGCGCACAAUCAACUUCAGCCCGGGUCUCGGGCCGGGCCGGAUCUACGAGUCCCGUAUCUAUGGCUUCCGGGUGUCCGAGCGGUCGCGGUCAGGUCCGCGCAUGAAGUGGCUGCGGAUGAAGCCUCUCGACAUUCGGGAGCUGGACGAGCUGGCACGAUACGAACUGCUGCACGGCUCGGCCGACAAUGAUGGCGAUUUGGAAAUGGGCAGUGCGUCGGGCAGCGCGCAGAGUGCUGCCAUUGCGAAGAGGAAAAAGGCGCCGAUGCGGAGGCGGCGAUACAACCCGGACCAGAUGAGCAUCAACGGGGCGGAGGCCGGAUAACGAUCGUAUAACUUGUGAUUUUCCUCGUUGGGAUAGUUCUCAUUCUGUUGAUCUGCAUCGAGGCGUCGUUGAGUCGAGUUUUUCGUCUUUGGCGUACAGAUUCACGUUCGAAUACAGUACAGAGGAGAAUCAUGGAUAUAUGAAUAUGCAACUACCCCGUAUACUCCCUCAAUAGCAAACACAGCCUACACCAUCACCU